CAAAAAUGCUAAUCAACAUUACAGAUUUUCGUUGGUGUGAAAAUCUUUCAGACAUAGACUUAAUUGUACCACUACAUGGUAUAAGUGUAUCAAAUGUAGACACACUUAUUACAAGUCAAUAUGUUAAAGUUGUUAUCAAACCGUACAUUUUUGAAUGCGCGUUGUACAAACCGAUCAAUGUUGAAGAAAGUACUUUGAAACUAACAGAUGGUGCGGCUGAGUUUAACCUCAAAAAAUCUAGUGCUGAACUAUGGAAUCAAUUGACAUUAGAUGACAUGAGUAAUUUUGUAGAUAUAUUUUAUUUUGUUACUAUACUUUUUACUAAUUAAGAAUUAAGAUGCUUAAUAUUUAUAGAUUAAUUAACACUUCAGAGGACAGAAAACGUUUGUUACAAAUUAAACAAAAUGCCAUACUUGAACAUCAAGAACGCGAAAUGAAACGCGCUAAAGCAAACAAAGACAUGAAUAUAAGGGGUGAAAAAUACGCAUUGGAACAGGUUAUGAAAUUAGAGAAUGUGUCUCGUGAAAAAAUUAGACUUGAAAAAGAGCACGCUAGCAAGCAAGCAAUAAGCGAGUUUGUAGAUGCUUUUAACCAAUCUAGCCAAAAAGAAAAUGAGCUGCAAAAUGAAAUUACAGAAGCCCGAAGAUUUGCUAAACAAUAUAUAACAGAAACCAUUAAUGAAGAAAACAACAUGGAAUUAAAUAAGAAUAUCCAACAACGUUUAGCAUUUGUUGAGAAACCAAUAGAUUUGCCAGUGAGGACUUCAUCUACAAUCGAAGUUAAAUUUACACCUAGAGUAUUUCCUACACCUGAACGAGAGUCUACAAAACAAGCUGAGGAUGAGUGGCUAAAUAAACAAGCCGAAUAUAGAAGAAAACUAUUGGACCGUGUUGUACCUGAUGAUUUGUCCAGGAAUGAACUAGAUCCUAUAUGGUUACGCAAAAAAGGAGACUCAUUAUUUCAAGCAGGAGAUUAUGAAGCUGCUGUCGUUGCUUAUACUGAAGCUAUAACACAAAAUCCUAAAUUACAUUCAGCUUAUUCGAAUAGAGCUGCAUGUCACUUACAAUUGCGGAAUUAUUUUAAGGCUCUGGAAGAUAGUUCAAUGGUACUAGAUCUUUGUGUACCGCCUGUAGCGCAAAAUUUAAAAUCACGUGUGCGUGCACAUAUUAGGCGUGGAGCAGCAUUUUGUAAUCUACAAUUGUACAAAGAAGGGCUUAUCGAAUACAGAGCUGCACAAAAACUUCAACCAGAUGAUGACACAAUUAGAAAGGACAUUGAAAAUUUAGAGAAAUUUGUAAAUCAAGAAUAAUUAUUAUAUUGCAAACCUACUU